AUGCUCAUCCAAGAAUCCUACAAUGAUGUACCAACUAAGGCCGCAGGAGAUGGCUCAAUGCGCAUUUACCUAUUCCAUCCUACGAUCGCAGGCUACCCACAUGCCAAAUUCCCCGGUGUCGUGGUAUUCUCUGAGAUCUACCAAGUCACCGGCCCCGUCACUCGAUUCGCAAGACAAAUAGCCGGGCAAGGCUACAUUGUCGCCGCUCCCUCCUCAUACCACGAAUUCACGGGCCCCGAACCACUCGCGUACGACGUCCCCGGUACCGACGCGGGCAACGAGUGGAAGAUCACCAAGAAACUCGCGGCCUACGACGAAGACGCCGAGCUGUCUGUUUCCCUCCUCCUCAACCUCAAGACAUGCAACGGCAAAGUUGGAGCUACAGGAAUGUGUCUCGGAGGCCAUUUAGCGUACCGAUGUGCCCUGGAUUCUAGGGUCAAGGCCGCAGUCUGCUACUUCGCGACCGACAUCCACAGCCACAGUUUGGGAGAGGGGAAGAAUGACGACAGCUUGCAAAGAGCCGGCGACAUCAAGGGUGAACUAGUCAUGAUCUUCGGCAAGAGCGACAACCACGUGCCAGCCGAGGGAAGAGACUUGAUCCGAAAGACACUACAUGAAAAGGGCGUGGAUUUCUCAUUUUAUGAGGUCUUUGGCGCCCAGCACGCUUUCAUCCGCGAUGAACUGAGCAAGGGAAGAUAUGACCCGGCCAUCAGCAAAGUGUGCUUUGAAAUGUUGCUCGAGGUGUUUGGAAGAAGACUGAAACUUGAUCUGGGCGAUCCCAGUGGUGGGAAAUUGGUGAUCGAAGAUGUAUGUUGA